ACCGAGCGGUGACUUAAGCAACGGAGCGCGGUGAAGCCCAUUUUUCUCUUUCCUCGCAGCCGCGCCGGGGAGCUCGCGGCGCGCGCCCCCUCUACUCCGGCCCGAGAUGAAUGCUGCGGCAGAAGCCGAGUUCAACAUCCUUCUGGCCACCGACUCCUACAAGGUUACUCACUAUAAACAGUACCCACCCAAUACAAGUAAAGUUUAUUCCUACUUUGAAUGCCGUGAAAAGAAGACUGAAAACUCCAAAGUAAGGAAGGUGAAAUACGAGGAAACAGUAUUUUAUGGGUUGCAGUACAUUCUUAAUAAGUACUUAAAAGGUAAAGUAGUGACCAAAGAGAAAAUCCAGGAAGCCAAAGAGGUAUACAAAGAACAUUUCCAAGAUGAUGUCUUUAAUGAAAAGGGUUGGAACUACAUUCUUGAGAAGUACGAUGGGCAUCUUCCAAUAGAAGUAAAGGCUGUUCCUGAAGGGUCUGUCAUUCCCAGAGGAAACGUUCUUUUCACAGUGGAAAACACUGAUCCAGAGUGCUACUGGCUUACAAAUUGGAUUGAGACUAUUCUUGUGCAGUCCUGGUAUCCAAUCACAGUGGCCACAAAUUCUAGAGAGCAGAAGAAAAUAUUGGCCAAAUAUUUGUUAGAAACUUCUGGUAACUUAGAUGGUCUGGAAUACAAGUUACAUGAUUUUGGCUACAGAGGAGUCUCUUCCCAAGAGACUGCUGGCAUAGGAGCUUCUGCUCAUUUAGUUAACUUCAAAGGAACAGAUACAGUAGCAGGAAUUGCACUAAUUAAAAAAUAUUAUGGAACAAAAGAUCCUGUCCCAGGCUAUUCUGUUCCAGCUGCAGAACACAGUACCAUAACAGCUUGGGGGAAAGACCAUGAAAAAGAUGCUUUUGAACAUAUAGUAACACAGUUUUCAUCAGUGCCUGUAUCUGUGGUCAGCGAUAGCUAUGACAUUUAUAAUGCGUGUGAAAAAAUAUGGGGUGAAGAUCUAAGACAUUUAAUAGUAUCAAGAAGUACAGAGGCACCACUAAUAAUCAGACCUGAUUCUGGAAAUCCUCUUGACACUGUAUUAAAGGUUUUGGAUAUUUUAGGUAAGAAGUUUCCUGUUACUGAGAACUCAAAGGGCUACAAGUUGCUGCCACCUUAUCUUAGAGUUAUCCAAGGGGAUGGAGUAGAUAUUAACACCUUACAAGAGAUCGUAGAAGGCAUGAAACAAAAAAAGUGGAGUAUUGAAAAUGUUUCCUUUGGUUCUGGUGGAGCUUUGCUACAGAAGUUAACAAGAGAUCUCUUGAAUUGUUCCUUCAAGUGUAGCUAUGUUGUAACUAAUGGCCUUGGGAUUAAUGUCUUCAAGGACCCAGUUGCUGAUCCCAACAAAAGGUCCAAAAAGGGCCGAUUAUCUUUACAUAGGACACCAGCAGGGAAUUUUGUUACACUUGAGGAAGGAAAAGGAGAUCUUGAGGAAUAUGGUCACGAUCUUCUCCAUACUGUAUUCAAGAACGGGAAGGUGACAAAAAGCUAUUCAUUUGAUGAAGUAAGAAAAAAUGCACAGCUGAAUAUUGAACUGGAAGCCGCACCUCAUUAGGCUGUUUUACGAUUGGGUGUGUGCGUGUACGCGUGUGUGUGUGUGUGUGUGUGUGUGUGUAUACAUGCGUGCAUGCAUGUAUACACCUGUAUGUGUGUAAUACAUAAUGUUUAUUGUACAGAUGUGUGGGGUUUCUUUGUGUUUUAUGAUACAUUAUAGCCAAAUUAUUUGUUGGUUUAUGGACAUACUGCCCUUUUUUUCUUCUUCUUUUUUUUUUUUUUUUUUUUCUUUUUCCAGUGUUUAGGUGAUCUCAAAUUAGGAAAUGCACAUAACCAUGUAAAAGAUUACUGCUAAAGUAAGCUUUUUAGGGCCCUUUGCCAAUAGAUAGUAACUCAAUCUGAUAUUGAUCUUUUCACAAAUAACAGAACCGAGACUUUUAUAUAUAACUAAAGAUCACAUAAAACAGAUUUGCAUAAAAUUAUCAUGAUUGCUUUAUGUUUAUAUUUAACUUGUAUUUUUGUACAAACAAGAUUGUGUAAGAUAUAUUUAAAGUUUCAGUGAUUUAACAGUCUUUCCAACUUUUCAUGAUUUUUAUGAGCACAGACUUUCAAGAAAAUACUUGAAAACAAAUUACAUUGCCUUUUGUCCAUUAAUCAGCAAAUAAAACAUGGCCUUAACAAAGUUGUUUGUGUUAUUAUACAAUUUGAAAAUUAUGUCAGGACAUACCCUAUAGAAUUACUAACCUCACUGCCCCUUGUAGAAUAUGAAUUAAUCAUUCUACAUUAAAGAAAAUAAUGGCUUUUACUAGAAUGUCUAGGCACUGUACAGAUAUAUACCUAUUCAUUGUAUUGUACCAGUGAAAUGCCAAAUUUGAAAGGCCUGUACUGCAAUUUUGUAUGUCAGAUAUUGCCUGUGGCUCUAAUAAGCAUCUCAAGAUUUUAAGGAGAUAAUGUUUUUAGAGAGAAUUUCUGCUUCCACUAUAGAAUAUAUACAUAAAUGUAAAAUAUUGACAGAAGUGGAAGUAGUGUAUUUUAAAGUAAUUACACUUCUGAAUUUAUUUUUCAUAUUCUAUAGUUGGUAUGUCUUAAAUGAAUCACUGGAAUGGAUAGUGAGUAUACUUAUUUUAAACUUUUUUAGUCUAUUAAGGUUUUAAAAAAUUAAAUUGGAUAUUAAAUUAUAUGGACAUCAUUAUUAAUUUUAAACUAAAUCCUCAGUAACUAAUACUCAAACAAGCUCUUAAAUGAAGCUAAAUUAUCCCCAAUGAAAAGCAGAUGACCUGAGUGUUAGUAAAUGCAGAGUUGGCUAAAUUCAAAGUGUCAACAUGAAAAUUUUCAGAGUGAUUAACCACUGAGUUCUGAGUUAGUCAUUGCAUCUGACUAGAGACCAGUUUCUUCGAAAUGACUCUCAUAUAUUUAAGUUUGUUCUAAGGCAGGGAUUUGCUAACUCUGUCCCAGAGGCCAAAUUUAGUAGACUGCUCCCUUUUUUGGAAUUCCCUAUCAUUGGAGAGCUUUCCCACUACAACACAGAAGCUGAGUAGUUGUGAUAGAUACCAAAUGGUUCACAAAGCCUGAAAUGUUUGUAAUAUGGCCCUUUACACAAACUAACAAAGUUUUCUGGCCCAUGUCCUAAGAAAAGGAGGGUGCCUUGCAUUUUAAGAGAAAUAUUGAUUUUCAAGGAAAAGAGGCUAAAUAAUUGAUAAUAAGUUUUUCUCUCUUUUGUCCUUUCUGAUUUAAGACUCUGAUACUAGAAGACUGAUGUAGAAAAGCUUGAACAACAUGACAUUAAGUGUGAAAUUUUAAAAAUUGAAAAGCCAUAAAUGAUCUGUCUUAAAUAGUUAGAUGAGAAAAUGUUUUAUCACUAGAACAAUCUAAUGAAAGGUGAGUUAUAUUUUAUUCAGUGUCUUUUGUAAGUGACAUUAGAAAGAAUAUAGCUUUUUGCAGCUGAUUCUAAGGGAAAACAAAAGCAUCAUUCACUUUAAUAAGAGUCUCCAUUCUAUAAUCCCAUGAUACAAAAUAAUUUUAAUGACUUUUUAAAAAUGUACUUAAGACUAAUAGUAUUAGAGACACUACACACCUUUCUUCAGAAAUGUCCUAAGGGGCUUAUAGAGAAUUAAAAGAAACUGAAUUUAUAAUCACUAACAACUUCAGUAACCACCAUAAUUUUGUCCAUGUUGAACAUUGGAAUUAUGCUACAGGCAGUAUUCUUUGUUCUUUGAAUUUCAGUAGCUCAAAAUAUCUAGAGGAGCUUUGUCUUGAUACUUUCAAUGCUAAAAGCUGUCUGUACGUAACCAUAAAGCAGGAGGUGGAAUGAUUAAUUCUCUUCUAUCUGAGCCACUUGAAAUCAAUUGGUUCUGAAUUUCUGUCACUGAGCAUUUAAUAUUUGGCCAUGCCCAUUCUGAGUACCAAAUGGUUAACAUGAAUGUCAAAUAGAACUGUGCUUGGUGUCACCCUUAAGUCAGCCUCUUUCUUACAAAAGCAAAUUACAUACCUGGGCUUAAGUCAUUAGCUGACAUUAAUGAUAUUAACAAAUCCCCCUCAAUUUCAUAAUUUUAAUUAGAAGGUAGAAGUUCUGUGUUAAGACUCUUUAAUUUAUUUGUACCCUAUACUUAAAAUGGUUUUUAUGAUUGUCCCUUAUUUCCUUUCUUGAAAUAAAUUGUUAUGAAAAUUUUUUAUAAUGAAAUCCAUCUUGGAAAACUAGAAAGAGAAAACUAGCAAGUAUUUAUUGUUCUGUUUACCAUAAUUUAGAACUCACACUUAAACAAGUAUUUUGUAGUUUUACAUUCCUUUUUAAUCCAUUCAGAGGAGAAUGUCAAAUUUUCUCCCAAGUUGUAUGUUAAAUCAAUUCUAAUAUGUAUUCAACAUCAAAGAUAAACAUGUAAUAACAUGGAAAUAAAGUUUAGCUCUAUUAGUGAAAUGUUAAA